CGCAGAAAAGGGGCGUGGCCUCAUUCUGCUGCGCCGGCUCGGCCCCGCAGCAGCGAAGCGGGGGGGGGAGCGCUUCCCGCUCGCGGAAAUCUCCAAAAAAACCCAAAAAAACCCCGAAAAACCCCCAAAAAAAGCGUCGGGAGGGACUCGCCGAGGCCGCCCCCCGCUCGCCAUGGUGUCGCUGCUCUGCUGCGGGCCCAAAAUGGCCGCCUGUGGGCUCGUCCUCAGCGCCUGGGGCGUCGUGAUGCUGGUGAGGGGCCCUGAGGGGCCCGGAAGAUUUCGGAAUCUUGGGGGGAAUUCAGAGAUUUCAGGAGACAAUUUGUCAAUUUUUGGACGAACCCUCAAACCCGAACCCCCCCAAAAAACCCCAAAAACCCCAAAAUUCCUCUUUUUUCCCCCAAAAAAACCGCGGGAAUUUCCCUCCCUCAGCGGCCCGGAGCGCAUUUACCGCCUGUACGAGCAGGUCAGCUACAAUUGCUUCAUCGCCGCGGGGCUCUACGCGCUGCUGGGCGGCUUCUCGCUCUGCCAGACCCGCCUCAACAAGCGCAAGGAGUACAUGGUGCGCUGAGACCCCAAAACCUCCCUUUUUCACCCCAAAAAAACCCCCCGUUUUUCACCCCAAAAACCGCCCCCCGCGUUCCGCCCGUGUCUUUGGAGGACCAAUUUUCACCCGCCCGGAGCGCCGCAGAGAAGCGCGGGUGGGGUUGGGUAAUAAAGAGAGUUGUUGUGUA